AUGUGGCAGACGGGAGAUGCGCAAUCCUCGGCCUAUUUUGCGACAAUAAAUCGCAAUAAAAGAUCCCUCACUCUGAAUCUUAAACGCCCAGAAGCUCGGGAUAUCUUGCUCGGUCUUAUCAGGCGUGCUGAUGUCGUCGUCGACAAUUUUGUUCCAGGAAAGCUCGACGAGCUUCGAAUUGGCUUUGAAGAUAUGAAGAGCGUCAAACCCGACAUCAUUCACGCCAGCAUCUCGGGGUAUGGUGCGACAGGCCCCUACUCCAAACGGGCUGGCUAUGAUGUUAUUGCGGCCGCAGAGGCCGGCUUGCUUCACAUUACGGGCGAGCCCAAGGGUAGACCCAUGAAGCCAGGUGUCGGUCUCACGGACAUGUGUACGGGAUUGUAUCUCCAUGGGGCCAUCCUGGCGGCACUCAGAGCGCGCGAUGUGACGGGACAAGGCCAGCAAGUUGAUACGUCGCUUUUUGAAACUCAAGUCUCUCUUCUGGCCAACGUAGCAAUGUCCUGGCUGAACGUCGGACAAGAGGCGCAGAGAUGGGGAACUGCGCACCCAAGCAUUGUCCCUUAUGAUUGCUUCAAAACAGCAGACGCCUACUUUGUGGUUGGGGCUGUCAAUGAUCGCCAGUUUGCAUCGCUGUGUCGUCUUCUGCAUCUUGAGGACCUGGUCAAAGACAAGAGAUUCCUGGACAAUGGGUCAAGGGUGAAGAAUAGGCAGAUUCUUGGCGACAUUCUCGACGCGACGUUCUCUGAGCGGAAUACCGCCGACUGGAUGGCCCGAUUUGAAGGCAGCGGCAUGCCGUAUGGUCCCAUCAACACAAUGGAGAAGGUGUUUUCUCAUCCGCAAACCAUUGCGAGAGACAUGAUACACACAGUGGUGGACGAGUCGGCCAAGUCUGGAAAGCUGCACGUGUUGGGCCAUCAUACAGGAAUUCCUGUCAAGUUUAGUAAAGACAAGCCGUCUAUUCGCUCAAGAGCCCCCCGAUUGGGUGAACACACAGAGGCGGUGCUCACGGAGAUUGGAUUCACGCAAGAUGACAUUGUACGACUUGGAAAGGAUGGCGUUGUCUAG